CCGGCGCAUGCGCACCGAGGGCGGCCUGGUCGUCGUCGGCUGCGGUAGCUGAGGAGCCCGGCGGCGGCGACGGCGGCGCGAGCGCCCGGCCCGGCCCGCCCUUCGCCUCCCGGCUUCGACUUCCCUCGAUUGGGCGCGCCCCGGACGCGCCUCAGCCCUCCCGAUCCCUCGCAUCCCGGCCUUGGCCGCCCGCCUCCGCCGCCGCAAUGAUGAUGAUGGCGCUGAGCAAGACCUUCGGGCAAAAGCCCGUCAAGUUCCAGCUAGAGGACGACGGCGAGUUCUACAUGAUCGGCUCCGAGGUGGGAAACUACCUCCGUAUGUUCCGAGGUUCUCUGUACAAGAGAUACCCCUCACUCUGGAGGCGACUAGCCACUGUGGAAGAGAGGAAGAAAAUAGUUGCAUCGUCACAUGGUAAAAAAACAAAACCUAACACUAAGGAUCAUGGAUACACAACCCUGGCCACCAGCGUGACUCUGUUAAAAGCCUCAGAGGUAGAAGAGAUUCUGGACGGCAAUGACGAGAAGUAUAAGGCCGUGUCCAUCAGCACGGAGCCCCCCACCUACCUCAGGGAACAGAAAGCAAAGAGGAACAGUCAGUGGGUGCCCACCCUGCCCAACAGCUCCCACCACCUAGAUGCUGUACCGUGCUCCACGACCAUCAACAGGAACCGCAUGGGCCGCGACAAGAAGAGAACCUUCCCUCUCUGCUUUGAUGACCACGACCCAGCAGUGAUCCACGAGAAUGCGUCCCAGCCUGAGGUGCUGGUCCCCAUCCGGCUGGACAUGGAGAUUGAUGGGCAGAAGCUAAGGGAUGCCUUUACCUGGAAUAUGAAUGAGAAGCUGAUGACUCCCGAGAUGUUUUCAGAAAUCCUCUGUGAUGAUCUAGAUUUGAACCCAUUGACGUUCGUGCCAGCUAUCGCCUCUGCCAUCAGACAGCAGAUUGAGUCCUAUCCCACGGACAGCAUCCUGGAGGACCAGUCAGAUCAGCGUGUUAUCAUCAAGCUGAACAUCCAUGUGGGGAACAUCUCCCUGGUGGACCAGUUUGAGUGGGACAUGUCAGAGAAGGAGAACUCGCCCGAGAAGUUCGCCCUGAAGCUGUGCUCGGAACUGGGACUAGGCGGGGAGUUUGUCACCACCAUCGCCUACAGCAUUCGAGGACAGCUGAGUUGGCAUCAGAAGACCUACGCCUUCAGUGAGAACCCCCUGCCCACGGUGGAGAUUGCUAUCCGGAACACAGGGGAUGCUGACCAGUGGUGCCCGCUGCUGGAGACCCUGACGGAUGCCGAGAUGGAAAAGAAGAUCCGUGACCAGGACAGGAACACGAGGCGUAUGCGGCGUCUCGCCAACACUGCCCCAGCCUGGUAACCGGCCCAUCAGUGCUCGGCUCCCACACAGCGUUCAGAAGACCAACCUGCCUCUCCAUCUUCUGGCAAAGAGGGAGGCGAGGGGCAGCCCAGGGCCAUCUGAGGAGCAUGGGCAGCGGGGAGGCUUCCGGGUCACCCUCCCCCAGCACACUUCCAUUGGCUGAGCCCUGGUCCCCGCCCCCACCUCUGAUCAGGAAGAGGCUUCACUCUGGGUUGUUUUGUUUUUGCAUAGGAGCCCCAGGAAGGGCUAGCAACACUUUUUAAAUAAAAGGCAACCGGUCGUG